CAAUAAUUAAAAACAUAUGAAAUUUUAUUUUUAGUAAGUUGAACCUUCCUCUACAGAUCAAAAAGAUUCUAAUUUGCUUGUCCAAAGCAAUCUUUCACUCCCGCUUCAAUUAACGAAUAAAAAACCCUGACUCCCAUUUUCAAAUCUCUCUUCACAUUAGGUGAAAUUAUCUCUUUUUUUUGUUUCAUUUUUCGUUUAAUUUGAUUUUCCUCUCGUUUUCAAGUUCUUUUUAGCUGAUCAGAGCUUUAGAGAUCGACGCAAGUUCGACUUUCUCGGAACUCAGAGGUUGCUUGAAAGGAUUGCGCUAUUUAGUGGAGUGGUAGAACAUCACUGCUGAGAUUCAGAAAUGACGAAUACAGAUAGAGAGAGACACAGAGAAAGGGAAACAGCUUUUUAUCUCUUUACUCAGCAAAGGCUUCCAGCUUGCAAACCUGUCCUUACUCCAGCAUGGGUUGUUGAAAUUGUGGAACGAUAUGAUACUGAAUGUGUGCCUGAGCCAUUUAGAAUUGAUAAAGUUUCAUAUGUCCAGGACGACUCAAUUCCCAAGAAUUGUUCUCUUUCCUUGAAGGUGCGCAAGUACAUGAAAGCUCCAAUUUACAUUUACUAUCAGCUCGAUAAUUAUUAUCAGAACCAUCGACGGUAUGUCAAAAGCAGAAGUGAUCGGCAACUCUUACAUGGAUGGAAGUAUCAUGCUACAAGUUCCUGUCAACCUGUAGAGUUCAACAAUAAUCAACCUAUUGUUCCUUGUGGGUUGAUAGCCUGGAGUUUAUUUAAUGAUACAUUUACAUUUAUUCGUGAGAGAGCAGAACUCAAGGUCAAUAGGAAGAACAUUGCCUGGAAGAGUGACCGGGAUCACAAGUUUGGCAAGACUGUAUAUCCUUUCAAUUUCCAAAAUGGAACCUUGAUUGGUGGUGGGAAGCUGAAUCCAAGAAUUCCUCUAAGCGAUCAGGAGGAUCUUAUUGUAUGGAUGCGUACAUCUGCUCUCCCUAGCUUCCGAAAAUUGUAUGGGAGAAUUGAAGAGGAUUUGGAUGCAGAUGAUGUUGUAGUGGUCCACCUAAUGAACAACUACAACACUUACGGUUUUGGCGGUAAAAAGAAGCUUGUUCUUUCAACAUCAAGCUGGUUGGGGGGAAAGAAUGACUUCCUUGGUCUUGCAUGUGUCUUUGUUGGUUCUUCUUCUGUUAUCCUUGCCAUUGUCUUCAUGCUACUACAUCUAAAAUCUCGAAGGCCUUAUGGGGACCCGAGUUAUUUACCAUGGAACAGGAAAAGUUUUUCAGGAUGAUUCAAGAGAUGAACUGCCAUCUUACAUUUAAACUUCAAACCAGUGAGUUCAAACUGUAAUUCGGAUGAAUAGUUAGGAACAAAGGCAAGAGAAAAAUGCAGUGUCAGUCAGCUGGUUAUUUAUGUUAAUAGCUCGACAAAGGAAUCAUUAUCAGGCCAGUGAUAUACGUGACAAAUCAAUAUAAGAUAAAAACUCUUUGAAUUUUCCUUUACGUUGCAUACAAUAAUGUUAAUAAAUACCCCUUUUCUCUGCAUAUUAGGGCUGAUGUUAGGUCUCCAGUCCAAGUGGCCCUGCAAAACAUGAUUGGCUUUUGUUUUUCUGAUUUAUUAUCUUAUCUUCUCUUAUAUAGUAAACCCAACUUGUGAAAGAGACCAGAAUAUGCCACAAUGUGUAGACACGUGCAGUAGUGUCCACUGCACGUGCCUCUAUCCCACCAAGAGAAAAUGAAAUUUCAAAAAAUAAAAAACCUAAAAAAUAGAUGUACCCAAGUACUUAGAUCAGUGAAAGAGCUGAAGCAAACAACAAUCUUCACUGACUGAAGCCGCGCCUUCCAAGUGGCUGCUUUCUCAAUUUCUGUCAAAAACGCGUUGAAACUUCAAAACAGCAGCCAGUCGUGUUUGCUGACUUUUCGUCGUGUUUGCUAGGGAAAUUGUGGACCGAACAUAUUUGUAUUGGUUGAUGAAGGUUAAGAGCAUUGCUAAUUAUUUGGCACUGUUGGCACUGUCCAUGAACUCUAACCAUAUAAUUUUGUUGCAAAUUUCUGCGUCCCAGGGUCUCAUUUAUUUCUUCCCUAAUCCUUAUCCAUAAAAUUAUAGGUUGAAAUUUGGUUUGUUGAACCUUACAAGGAUGGACCAGUAAUCUUAUGGAAGGCAUCCAAUUGCCUCUUCCUUGGGGAACUUUCCAUUUCUUGUCUUGAUCAAACUGAUGAUGUAAGAGCUAACCUAUUCAAAGUAAUUUAAUAUAGAAACAUACCCACAAAAUGGUGUUUGACAAAAAUUGACAUUGAAUCCCCAGUGAAUUAGAA